CAUAGCAAGGCCCAUGACAGACACCAGGGCCCAGGAAAAAGUAUACAAGUAAUAUAACUCAUACAAUAUGAGUUAUAUUACUUAUAUAAUUCAUUAGUUUAUUUGUAUUUAAAAGUAUAUUAUAUAAUUAAUAUAUGAUUCGCAUGCAAUCAAGGGUGAAAUUGUAUUUUUUGGUCUGCCAAAGUGCAUAAGUACAGAACCAUGCACAUAGAAAACACAGCCUGAACCACACUCUGGCUGCAUAAGCCUCAACCAAUACAAACAUAACUGAUAAACUAUACAAGCAAACCAAUCAACACAAAUGGUUUACAUCCCGAAGAAUCAUGAAGUGCAUCAGCCAUAAGACCCGCCUAACAAACCACGACAAUAACACAUAAGUGCAUCAGUUCAAACCCAAAAAACCAAAAACAAACAUCUCUCCAGAAUCAUGACGGCAACACAGACCCACCUCUAAACCCCAUUACAACCAAACAACAGCUCAAACCCAAAAAGUCUCACAUCACCCCUCAAGAACACAUCCACCUACUCCUAACAAUAGUCCUAUGCAUAAUUAAGAGAAUGAAUCUUGCAUCAUUUAUACAUUUUUAAUUCUUCCAUGUGGUGUGCUUCAUACUUAAUAUUUACCAACCAAACUGAGAGUAGCUAUUCAUAAUUUAAAUCACGAGCCUUUGUCUUACAUUAAUUGAUUUGUGACCUAAAAUUGGAGGUAGUUAACUAAUUGUACUUUUGACAUAAAUUUAUCCCAACUAUAUAUGGUCCCUACUUAAAACAAAAAUGCAUAUGAUAUAAUUACCUGCAGUUUAAAUUUAUAAUAAACCGAAUCUAGGUAAAUAUUAUAUACAUGUAUACAUAGAGCAACUAAUGUAUAUAUAACUACAAACAGCAGUCAGCAGAUAGCAACUCUUCUAACAGAAAUGGCAGCCAUCAAUUUCUUCCUUAUUUGUAGUCUGGUUUUCUACACUUGUAAUGCCUCUGCAACAUUUUCUUCUUCUCCUUUACCGAAAUUUCCUGCCAUUCUCGUCUUUGGUGAUUCUGUGGUGGACACCGGCAAUAACAACUAUAUUAAGACAUGGGUGAAGGCUAAUUAUCCUCCCUAUGGUCAAGAUUAUUCAGACCAUCUUCCUACAGGAAGGUUUUCAAAUGGGAAACUCCUUCCUGACAUGCUUGCUUCUAUUCUAGGGAUCAAAGAUUCUGUUCCACCUUUCUUGGAUCCAACGCUGUCGGAGAACGACCUCAUCACUGGUGUUAAUUUUGCUUCAGCUGGCUCAGGUUUUGAUGAUUUAACAAGUGCAAUUCCCAACGUUGUCUCAUUCUCUACGCAGAUUCAGUUAUUUAAGGAGUAUAUAGAGAGGCUUAAGGGCAUUGCUGGAGAAGUAAAGGCCAUGGAGAUCACUAAUAGUGCUCUGGUGAUUAUAAAUGCUGGAACAAACGACUGGGUUAACUUUUAUGACAUUCCUACACGAAAGUUGCACUUCAAUGCAAGUGAGUACCAAGAUUUUGAGCUCAGUAAGUUACACGGCUUUAUUAAGGAAUUAUAUAAAAGUGGGUGUCGUGCCAUGAUUAUAAGUGGGCUUCCUCCAAUUGGUUGCUUACCAGUGCAGAGGACUCCAAGUGUUGAGAAACCAGAGGGAGAGAGGCAUUGUUUGGAGGAUCAGAAUAGAGAUUGUGAAGCUUAUAACCAAAAGCUUGUGAAGCUCUUACCUGAAAUACAGGCAACUCUUCCUGGGACUAAAAUUGGCUAUAAUGAUGUUUACGAGAUAUUUGUGGACAUAAUCAUCCAUCACCAAAAAUAUGGUUUUGAGGAAACGACAAAAGGGUGUUGCGCAAGUGGGUCACUUCAUGCAUCACAGUUUUGUGAUACGACAACUCCAACAUGUGAAAAUCCUUCAAAGUUCGUAUUCUGGGAUAUGAUUCAUCCAACUCAGACAGCCUACGAGUACUUAGUUGCACAAGUUGUGAACACUCUUCUUCCCAACUUCUUAUAGAAUUUUAAAUACCAUUAUAAGUGAAAGCACGAAAGAAAUAAAAGGGGACAUGAAAUGAUUAUCUUGUAUUAUGACAAUGUUAAAUUUAAUUAAUAAGCUAUUGAAAGUUAAAUAAACUAAGAAUUUUAAUAAAUAAUUAAUUAGUCCUCAAAUUCUAAGUAUA